GGACAUCCCUGCAGUUUUGGGAGAGAAGCGACUUCGGAUGGUCUCUCGGUAGCAUCAUUUGCAUCAGACUCGACUCGGUAAAACACUCACAAUUUUUGAAAACUGUUUCGCUUCUUUGCAUUACCAGCUACUUUACCUCACUUUACUUUUACCAUCCACCUGAACCCCAGCAAGAUGAGCAGCGACAAACCGAAAGAGAGCACCGAAGAUGAAGAGAUGGGCGGUCGAGGGCCCUUAGAGACCUCCAACACAGAUCCUGAUCUGUCAGAGCUCUCCCAUUCCUGCCACUCGGAGUGUGCCAGGAGGACAUCGGAGAUCUCGGUCAGGAUGUCCCAACUUCGUGAGUCUCAACACAAACGUCGUGAUUCGUCCCAACACCAGCGACGUGAUUCUUCCCAACACCAACGACGCAGUUCUUCCAUGGGUUUCGCCGCUGCUGCCGCUAACGACCUGGAAACAUUCGAGCAAGAGAUGCCAGAACCAGGAGAAGUGAUCACCAUAUCCUCUUUGCAGGAUUACAACGGCGGCAAUGUCUACCAGAAGCUGGACUCCUUUAUCGCACAGCACGACUGUGUCAUGGUCAACCGCAGUUGGUGCCUCUUUUCCAUUGACGCCCUCGACUUUAUGACGCGUAUGGGGGUUGACGUAUAUUCCAUCGAAGUGGAUAAUCACCCACAUGGAGAAGCGAUUGUCAAGUACCUCAAGCAAAAGCUCGAACAUUCCACUUCUCCUUGGAUCUUUAUCAAGGGUGACUUUGUCGGUGGAUACGAAGAUGUCAAUACGCUUUACAGCAAGGGGACCCUUCAAAAGGACUACCUUAGCAAGCUUACCCAAGCGGAUCGCUGUGAACUGAUGGCCGCCAAGUCAACCACAAAACCACUCUUUUGGUUCCCCGUCACAGUCAACGCACAUGCUGUUCGGUCCACGGGAAUUGCCACCAGCCUGUUGGCCGCCACGGCGGCCAUUAUGGCACUCGUUGUACCUCCCGUAGGGCAGAUUAUUGCCUACUAUCUGGUCCUCGACUUUAUCCUUCGCAUCGUGGGCGGUGCUCGCUGGGCUCCCGUUGGAAUCAUUGCGGCCGUCCCCGUCAAGGUGUGGGAACCCAAGCCACGGUCCGGUCGUCCCAAACAAUUUGCCAGCAUGUGUGGAUUCAUGUUCUCCUUCCUCGGGUCCGUCUUUUACCUCAUUCCAUUCCCCUACCACGACUACAUUGGCUCGAUCUUUAUUGCCAUUCUCGCCAUUUGCUGUGGAAUGGAGGGAUUCUUGGACUUUUGUCUGGGAUGUGUCUUCUUCCGCAUAGGACUGCAGCUGGGGCUCAUUCCCAAGUAAGUGCCGUGUGGGUACCGUAGGAAACAAAGCACUACCAAAGGGAAGCAAUUCAGUCAGGGACUGGCUUUCUCCAUCAUCAGGCCUCCGCCUCCUCUACCUGGCUACUUUACAAAUCGAUUAGAUUGUAAUUCAAUAGCAACAGUUUCAUAAGAUC